AUGACAUGUCAAAUAGUAACCAAUCAGAUAUUCCCGGUGUGGACGUACUCAUACCUGGCAGUGCUGGUUCCUGUCUUCCUCCUCACUGAUUGGCUGCGUUACAAACCUGUGGUGGUCUUCCAGUGUUUAGUAAGUCUGUUCUCCACCACGGCGAUGUUGUUGUGGUGUAAUGGUGUCCCAGAGAUGCAGGCCAUGCAGUUUACAUAUGGAGUGGUGACGUCAUGUGAUGUUGCUUACUUCACGUACCUCUACAGCAUGGUGGAGUUGAAGCAUUACCUGAAAGCCACCUCGUACUACUGCCGGGGACCGGCCCAGCUGCUGGGGGUAGGCACGUCGGGUUCAGUGUUGGGCCAAAUCCUAGUCUCUUUUGAACUGAUGUCCUACAACAACAUUCUAGUGUUUACACUGGUUCUCACUGGUAUUGCUUUGAUCGGCUCCAUUCUUCUCCCAAUGCCUAAGACAAGUAUGUUCUUUCACAAAAUGAGGAGAGCUAGAGGAGAGACUGAUGGUGAAGGGCAUGUUGGGACAGAAGAGGAUCUUCAGAGCACUGGCCAAAAAGAUGGCGUAGAGAUGGAUGGAGCCAAACGGCAGCAGCAAAUACCAGAAGUUUCCGCUGAAUGUGAUAAUACAAGUGCAAAAAGUUCCAAGACAGAUAUCCCCCACAGUUUCUCCCCACACACACACCUCAUAUCUUCACAGUGUUGUGCACACUCUACCCAAACCUACAACAACCAGACGGUGAACUACGUCCAGUCACUGUGGGAGUACGUGGAGCCGUCGAGUAACUUCACGGUCUACAAUGGAGGAGUGGAGGCCCUCUCAAACCUGUUUGGUGCUGCGGCGGCGUACGGUAUCGGUUUUUCAUCCGCAGACUGGUCUCGCUAUGGAGAGGUGGCUCUGGGAGCGCUCUCGGCCCUGGAGGGCGGCGCUCUCUUCGCAAUGGUCUUCAGCGCAAACAUCUGGGUCUGCUACUGUGGCUACAUCAUCUUUAAGAGCCUGUACAUGCUGCUCAUCACCAUUGCCAUGUUCCAGAUAGCAGCUGGGCUGAACUUGGAGCGUUACGCUCUUGUGUUCGGAGCCAACACCUUCUGUGCCCUGGUCCUCCAGACAAUCAUCACCUCAGUGGUGGUGGAUAGCGGCGGGCUUGGGGUGGAUAUCAUCACACAGUUCACCGUCUACGGGGCAUAUUUUUCUAUUAUUGCACUCAUUUUCUUCUUGAGUGGUUUGUAUACCACAAUAUGCCGAAAACCUGAGAUGGAAACACCGAGAGAGAAUCCAGAAGAAACGUUUAAGGCAGAAGAUGAUGCACAAAUCAUCAUUGGAACAAAGUUCUGAGCACAAGGAACAGGAAGUACAGAAAGUUUAAGCAAUCACACUUGAUUUAGGCAAAAUUCAUUUUAAUAUAUAUUGUAUAUAUUUAUUCAUAUAUAUAUAUGUAUAUACACACAUUAACUUAGAUUUCUGUAACAUAUAAGUGGUCUUGAGUCUGAGUCUCAAGAAUUCAGGAGGAGUUGACAUUCAAAAAGAGUCUUGUGGUUUAAACUCCUCGUAACGGAAAAACUGUUUUUGCCUCAUUCUCAGAAACUCCAAAAGCACAAAAAGGCGACACUAUGAUGUCAAAAAGGGAUUCCACAUUCUUGCUUAAUGUUAUUCACAGCAUGGCGGAUGUCAACGCCGUAUAUGCAGCAUGUGUGUUUGGACGCGUGUGUAUGUGUGUUAAAGAUACAAAUACUGAUAUGCACAAAAAUUUAAACUUGAGCAAUUUCUAUGAAAGAAUUAUAUACAGAAUUGCAGCAUUAACAUGAACAGGAGGUUUGCAAUAACAUAGUAAUCAACCACGUCGUGCAGAUGAUUUCCAGGUCAGGCCAGUUCACAGGAAUUCCUCUUCUCCAAACAACCCUGCAACAUGUUUUGUUUUCUGUCAUCAUGGAUGUGCCAUAGACAGGACCAUAUUCCUUUGCUUUUUUUUUUUCAGUCUUCUGCUCUUAAAAUUCAAUAAAAAAAAUUCUUUAAGAAUUUGAUGUUUUUUUUUUUU